UCAGUUUACCUGACAUAUUUUUGGUUGGCAUAUUAUACGACAUGUAUUUUAUGUAUGUAACUUGGUGCUUGACAUCUAAAAAAUAGUUUCCCCCCUGUGGCUAAUACAGCUCGUGACAUCAUUGUUUACAGACUGUGGUAGAGGAAGUGGAGUAAGCGAAGUCAAGAUUGCGAAGAGACCGUGGAAUGUAAAUAUCAUGCCCGUUGUCAGCCAGCGAUGCUCGUUAAUGUUGUACAAGUCGGUCAGUAUCUUUUCGUAAAAAUCUCUAUUUGCUCUUGAUUGGACCAACACCUGUCAAAUUUCACGACGUUUUUGCCAAUUUACGCUGUCAACUGGCUUUGAUGGUCUGGUACAAUUUAAGAGUAUGGUUACUCGCAUUCUGGGACGACGUUAAGAUGACAACCAUGCCGCGUUAAUAUCCUAAAAACCUACGAGUCAUUCAAUGUCACAAGACAAGGGGCAAGCUUGACUAGCUCCAUCCCGCUCUUCACUUGUUUUCGCUGUAGCUUUUCUGUCAGUCUUCAAUUGGUAUAUUCCCUUGUAUCGUCAGGAAAAGAACAACUUUUAUAACUAGUUAGAUAAGUUUUGCCUCCCCCCAAAGAUAACUUUGCUCUAGUUUGCAGCUGUAGCUUGCCAGAAGCUAUCAAACCAAACCUAUUUGACAGGGAGCUGUUAGGUAUCUUACUCUAAAACGUUAAUGGACAGCGGCAGUGCUGAAAAUGAUCUAUAAGAUAUUUGUUGUUAAAGUUUAAAUGUGUGUAUAUAUAUUUUGUGUAAAGAUCAUUAUUUAUUUUUUGUUGGAGGAAAGCUUGUAGUUUUACACUUGCACUAAAUUUACCAGAAGCCCAUGUGCAAUGUCGAAAAGAUAGCCUAUUUGUUAUGACAUCCCACACUUGAACUGAAAGAAAAUAUGCAAGUAGAUAUUUAAGGCCGUAUGAAAUCCACUCUCUCUCUUAGUCUGUAUGACAUAAAACAGACAGAGCGACUGUGGAUUCUGCCUUAGCCAUCCAUCAACCCCGUCUUGCAAACUAAGGACACUGUUACUCAGGAAUGCCAGGGAACUGAUCAUCAAGAUUUCAUUCAAGUUUCACCUAUAAGUUGAUUAAGUGCUACAUUGAACAUUGCCCAGCUAUGGCGGAUUCUGGCACAGAGAUAGUUGGAGGAGAUCUCCUGAGCGUUGUCAAAGAUGACUGCUCUCUGACAGAGGCCAUUUCUAAAGAGGGCGGCCUUACAGCAGGAUCGUCUGCGGCUAAAGAAAUCCACGAAGCAGAGCCCUUGGACCAUGAAGACUCCACCAAAGACCCAUCAGUUAAGACUCCAAUUAUGGAAGCAGAAGGUUUUGACGGAUACAGGGAAACCUCACUCACACCAACCACCACGUGUGCGGCCAUGUCUGAAAACGGCACGACAGAAGACGCUCAAUCCACCCUGCAGAGCCAAACUCUGACAGAAGGGAACGGGGAGAGCUCAGAGGCCACAUUUGGAAGGUUGGACGAGUAUAGCCAGUCAGCAACCACCGACUCCGCCUCCUUCUCCAUCCCCAGCCUAGAGUUCUUUGAGGGAAACAACGGGAACGACGAGCCAUUGUCCUCCUACUCUGCCCUGGGCGUCGAGGGCAGCUCCCUGUCUGCCGACGUCCCCUGCCUGGCCGACGAUGUCCUGGCUGGCGUCGCUGCUGCCGCAGCCACAGGAGGGGCCACCGCCGCGGACCUAGAGCCCAUGAUGCCGGCCUACUACUUUGUGAAGUGGAUCACCUGGAAAGAGAAGAAGACCCCCAUCAUCACACAGAGUGAGAACGGGCCCUGUCCCCUGCUCGCCAUCAUGAACACCCUGUUUCUGCGCUGGAAGGCCAAGCUACCUGCCCAGACAGAAGUUAUCACCACAGAGGACCUGAUGGCUCACCUUGGAGAGUGUGUAUUGUCCAUCAAACCCAGGGAGAAGGCUGAGGGAAUGGAGCUCAACUUUCAGCAGAACAUGAGCGAUGCCAUGGCAGUCCUGCCAAAGCUGUCCACGGGCCUUGAUGUCAACGUGCGCUUCACGGGCGUGUCAGACUUUGAGUACACUCCAGAGUGUAUCGCCUUUGACCUGCUGGACAUCCCACUCUACCAUGGCUGGCUGGUGGACCCUCAGAGCCCUGAGAUGGUGGCAGCGGUGGGAAAGCUAAGCUACAACCAGCUGGUAGAGAAGAUCAUUGACUACAAGCAUUCGGCCAACAGCAGCCGUGUCAGUGAAGGUUUGGUGGCAGAGCAGUUUCUGGAGUCCACAGCGACCCAGCUGUCGUAUCAUGGACUUUGUGAACUCAACACUACAGUCAAGGAGGGCGAGCUGUCUGUGUUCUUCAGAAACAACCACUUUAGCACUAUGAUAAAGCACAAGGGCCACCUGUACCUGCUGGUGACAGACCAGGGCUUCCUGCAGGAGGGGGGGCUGGUGUGGGAGAGCCUGCACAAUGUGGAGGGUGACGGCAACUUCUGCGACUCAGACUUCCGCCUGUGCCACCCGCCCCAGAGGAGCGUCCCCGUGACACAGCCCGAAGACCUCACGCCCCAGCAGCAGCAGAGACAGAUCGACCAGGACUACCUGGUGGCCAUGUCUCUGCAGCAGCAGCAGGGGGUGGCCCCGGGGCCCCUCAGUGACCUGGACCUGGCCAGACAGCUGCAGGAGGAGGAGUACCAGCAGCAGCAGCAGCAACAACAACAAGGAGGUCCCUCCCUGGCCCCAGCACAGCAGGUGAGAGGUCAAGCGGCCCAGCCGGGAGGUUCGAGGAGACGGGAGAAAAAGGAUGAUUCGGACUGUGCCAUAUUAUAGCGGCAUCUAACCUUACCUUAGUCUCCAUGAUCUCCCUAUGAUUUUAGCCUGCCCUUCUUUGCAUUAAGCCAACCCCUAACACACACACACAUACAUAUAUAUAUAACACACACACACACAGAGAGUUAGGGGAUUGUGCCCCUGCCACCUCAAUGCCAAACCCACCCCUCACACUGUUUCCUUUGAACAUCCAGGCCAGAAGGUGGCAGUACUAGUCACGCUUCGCAAAACCAUAGAAUAGAAUAGAAAUGUCAAUUGAGGCACCAGACAGGAAAUUCUUUGCAGUUGGUGGGUUGCAGCAGCUGAGUUGUCCAAGACCCAUUACAACCCAGGUAGAGUCAUGAAACACAUCUGUAACAAAUGUGUAAAGAAAGCUAAGAUCUAAAUUAAAGGGCAUUCACUACAGCUCAGUCCAGAUGAUGUAUCUUAAAAUGGAUAAUGCAGCUUUUUAAAUUGUGUAUAGGAGAUGCAAAAAACUUUGGUUAAAAUUAGAGCACAAAGAGACCCCCCCCCCUCCUUCUCUGCUACACUCUUUUGCCAUCCUCACAGCCUUAGAAAGCCUGGUUUUUAAGCGAACUCUGGGGAAGUCGCCAUCUGCAUUUACGCCAUGAUGGACACUCGAGUACAUUCCUGUCCUAUACAGAACGGUGCACAGUUAUGCCUGGCUCGAGGGCCCGAGACGAGGAUUCUGCGAGCCCAAACAAAGAUAUGGCUUUGAGGGCUGAGUUCCCAAAGGUCCUAUCUGCUAGACUAAGCAUUGGCCUUACUUUCCCUGUCUGAUAGUGUACUGUGCUGUAGUUAGUAGCAGGGAGGAAUUAUGCAAAAGGUGAAUGGAUAAGGACAGUGAAGGUGUUCUUCUGGAGCAUCUGUUAUGGACGACUUAACACCGCCCCCUACUGGUCUUAAAGAUAAUUAUAUGGGAGUAAGAGAAGUCCCAUUAAAGGUCCAAUGCAGCUGUUUUUUUAAUCUCCAUUUAAAAUUGUUUCUGGGUAACAAUUUAAGUACCUUACUGUGAUUUGUUUUCAAUUAAAAUGGUCAAAAAUAAACAUAGCUUCUUAGCAAAGAGCCAUUUCUCAAGCAAGAAUUUUGUUAGGACUGUCUUGACAGAGCGGUUUAGAGGUUUGAUGUCACCAGGCAAGCCAAAACUUUCUCAUCACAGAAUGACAUUUCAGGCGGUCUUUUCAAAUAGCCCUUAUUACUAAAACGGCGUUAUAAUCUUUCAGAAUUUCACAAUAUUAUUCCAACCUCAGUGUGAAAAUAUAUAACACAGGAAAAGCACGUUGACUGCACUAGAUUAAGCAAACCUGGCACUUGAACCAACUAUAAGAAGUCUGCAUUUGAUUUACAGUACUUAGGAACAAAGGCCAGUUCAGGCGGUUGCUGCAGUUUUGCAAAGGUCAGAUAUACAAGCCCUUUUGAAGUAGCUUUAGGGUGGAGGGGCUUUUAGCAACGCUACAGUACUAGACCACACCUUGACGCCAAGUCUUAAUCUUUGCCACUUCAUUUGUAUUUAAUUUGUCAUGUCAGUAAAGGAAAAUCUAAACAAACUGU